AUGAACCCGCAGGUGCGCAUCCAACACCGCACGUGGCUGGAGAACCUGCGCGCGAUGCCCCAGGAUCUCUUGUCGCUCCCGCUGCACACGGCGGCGGUCGAGCUGGUGCGAAGGAUGGGCUGCGCACGCCAUUGGAAGUGGUCGACGAUGGCGCGACACUACGUAUCCAUUCAGGUCGCUCUACUCCAGCUGCCCCUCUACACAAACCAGACGCGGCCGGUGGACUUGGCCCGGGAACCGGAGUGGCGCCAAGCUAUAUCUGGAGCCCGACGUUUCGAGCGCGAGUCGGAGCCACAGCCGCCGGUGCCGUUGUCGGUGGAGGAGUACAAGCGGGUCUUGACUGCAGUCCGCGUCGACCCCGAGUCUCACGCUUUUCUUGUGCUGAUGUGGGCCUGCGCUGCGCGGCCUGGCGAUGUGACGAACCUCCUCGUCAAGGACAUUCAUUUUGCAGAAGAGGUAGCACCCCGUUCGGUCCGCAUGCAGGUGACGGUGCGUCGGGGAAAAGGUGCCCGGUUCCGCGGGCCGUAG